AUGGAUCCGAAUGACGACGACGACAACUCCUCCGCCACUUUCGACGUUUUUAACCAUGCGUUGGAACUGGCACCCAUCGACAACCGGCCGGUGCGCCGCCUGUCGAUGGAGGAGGAUUACUUUUACGAGCAGGUCAUGACCUUUGCGCAGCCGCCCAUGCCACCAGCCUACCAUGUCGCCACACACGGGGCAUACGAAGGGCCGUCCCGGAAGGGCAAGGAGGCCGUCAUGGAUGAGAGCGUGUUGACGGAUCAGGAGAAUCUGCCUGGGUACUACUGCGACGUCCACAUGGAAAAUGUCUUCCAGAUGAAGAUGGAGAUUGAGGAUGCCGUCAAGAGGGCCGAGUACAGAAACUGGCGUACCAUGUUCGUCGUCUUGCACGGCACAGCCCUGCACAUCUACUCGGCCAAGAAGAAGGAUUUCGGCUGGGGCAAGAACCGGAUGCAUGGUCCCGACGUCAAGCCCGACAACCCUUCGUGGUUGAAAAAAGGUACACUAGAGCGCAGCUACAGCCUGCAGCACGCCGACGUGGGCAUAGCCGCUGAUUAUCACAAGCGCCGUUACGUGAUCCGCAUCAGGGCGGAGACGGAUCAAUUCCUCAUCUCAUGUGUGGAGCUGGUGACCUUUGUCAAGUGGCUCGAGUGUCUUUUCGCCGCCAUCGACGUGGCAAUUCCGAUUGACGAGCGUGACUUUCCUCGAGAUCAGAGCAUACCGCGCAUACAGAGACUACGAUGGCUCCGGGGCCAGUUUGGCCCGCAAGGGACUGGCGGCGGAGAGAUAUGGGAUUCUUUUGGUGACUCGCUGCCCAUCUCACCCCUCGACUCGGAAGACAUGCCGGGCGAUGGGCCGCUGGGUGUCGACAUCUCCCAUAACGGGCCGGGCAUCUUCGAUGGGUCGUCCGUCAUACAGUCCCCCAGCAACUUCCACCACACCACCACAGCAUCAUCACCCAAUGAGCCGUCGCUCGAUCGACUAUCGACGUCGACCCAGGCGAAUGAAGAUCUGGAGCCCGAGACGGGCAAGUGGAGACCACGGCACCUGUGGUCCACCACGCACGACAUGGUCUACGCCAAGCUGUGCUAUGCGGUGCUGUUGUUCAAGAGCCCACGCAAGUCCAACUUUGUCAUCUUCAAGGGUCAGAGGUGGCACAUCGACUGGUCUACGGGUCAGAUGUCACGGGUUCAACCGCCAUCCUAUGGCGAGCCCGAGUUUUGGGGUCCUUGGCAGGUCAUACAUGCUGAUAACCGGCGUAUAUGACAUUAAUUUCCAACCUCCUCCUCCUCCUCCUCCUUCUCCUACACACACCCUCUCUUCUGUCUCUCACACAGAUGUCCCACAUAUACCCUUGCUAUUUCAUUCAUCAUCGUCAUCAUCACAUUGCACUUAUACACAUACAGAUAUCCCAUCUCAUCAUGUGGAAAUCAUCAAUCACGUGGGUCAUUGGCAGCGAAAAUGGUUGCAUUAGUCUUUUGUGCGCAUUUGAUGACCCUUUGCGGUCCGGCGUUCCAAGGCGAUAAAGGGACUGGGCAUUGCUCUUCCUUUUUCCUUUGUGGUUGAUUUUGUUGUUUUCUUAAUCUUUAUAUACCUCUUUGCAUAUCGAAACUAUGGAAAGAAAGCAUGAGUGAGGCCUUGCGAGAAGCGGCGGCGGCUAUAUCCUGUGCCCAAAAGACAGCCAGCAUUUUCAAUUUCUCUUUUUUUAAACGCGUCGAUGGGGGCUGAUGAGAACAGAACCAUGGACAGAGAAGAGGUCGAUUUUAUGUACAUAGGACUGUCCUCAUAUAGGUAUCAUCAUCAUCAUCAUCUUUG